AUUAAAGUUGAGGACAGUCACUUACGCGUUGCAGACGGCAAAGAUAGAGAAAAUUAGAGUUGAGGACAGUGUCUUGCAGAAAAACAAGCAACGGGAAAAUUAAAUUUGAGGACAGUGACGAGAGUCACUUGCCCAUGUUGGUUAGACAAAGAUACAGAAAAUUAGAGUUGAGGACAGAGUUCUGCAGAGCACAAGGAAGAGAAAAUUAAAGUUGAGGACAGUUAGUUACUGUAGCAGAGAAGAAGGAAAGCUUAAGUUUUGCAGAUCAGGGCCUGGGAGAUGUGGUUCUAGUCUAUAUAUACCAGUGAAAUGGUGAGUUAGAAGUGUGAGUUUUGAGUUCUAAAGAUAAGAUUCUUUAGAAGAGUGUGUGAGAUAAGUCUCUCAAGUCUCAAGUCUCUCAAGUUUCUCAUCGAUCAUGGCGAUUGUGGAGGUAGACAGAGCUGAUGAGCAAUUGCAAGCUCAAGCUCACGUAUGGAAGUACAUAUUUAAUUUCAUCAACUCAAUGGCUCUUAAGUGUGCCGUUGAUCUGGGUAUACCAGAUGUGAUCCACGGCCAUGACCGACCAGUGACCCUCACUGAACUGGCCACCGCACUUUCCAUUCCGGCGGUGAAAAAAGAUUGUCUCCGUCGUUUGAUGCGCUUACUAGGGCAUAACGGCUUCUUUGUGAGGCAAACCAAUCGAGAUGGAGAAGAAGAGUAUCUUCUCACUCCGUCUUCCAAACUCCUCGUUAAGGAGAAUCCCAUAAACCUAUUGGGUUUCAUGGAAGAGGAGAUUAACCCAGUUUUUGUGUCAACUUGGCAUUAUUUUGGUGAAUGGUUUAAAACCACAGAACAAAGACUAUUUAAAAUGGCCCAUGGCGUGAGCCUUUGGGAAUAUAAUAGCCAGCACCCUGAGAUGAACGCUGUGUUCAACGAAGGUAUGGCUUCUGACGCUCGUUUCUUGAUGAAUAUAGUGGUUCGUAAGUGCCCUGAGGUUUACCAAGGCCUCAAGUCGCUCGUCGACGUCGGUGGAGGUACCGGAACCGCCGCCCGUACUAUCGCCGAGGCCUUCCCUCAUGUCAAGUGCUCUGUCUAUGAUCUCCCUCAUGUGAUUGCUACCUUGCCCAAGAACGACAUCAUCGAAGGCAUCGGAGGGAGCAUGUUCGAAUCUAUCCCACCCACUCAUGCAGUUCACCUCAAGUGGGUUCUACAUGACUGGAGUGAUGAGGAGUGCUUAACAAUACUGAAGAAUUGCAAGGAAUCGAUUCCAUCAAGAGAAGAGGGAGGGAAGGUGAUUAUAUUGGACAUGGUUGUGGAGGAGAAGAAGGAUGAUCCUGAUUCCACAGAGGCACAACUUUUAUUCGAUGUGUUGGUGAUGUUAGAUGUAGGGGGGAAGGAAAGGACUGAACAAGAAUGGAAGAAACUCUUCAAGGAUGCUGGUUUCUCUGAUUACAAGAUCAAAUCUGUUCUGGGUGUCCGAUCACUUAUUGAGGUUUAUCCAUGAUUUUGAGUUACUUUUAUGGGUUUAUGUGUUUAUGGGUAUAUGGGGGUGUCUCUUUCCUUUCUGUACUGGAAACUUAAAAGUGGUAGUUUAUGGUAUGGAAUCUUAAGUGUGUGUUUAAUUUUCAGUAAAUAAUUGCUGAUGUCCAUGAAAAAUUAACGAUGUACUUGGAUGAGGACAUUAGUUUGUGUGGAAAUAUGAAUGAAUCUUAUCGUUUUCUUCUCCA